GCUAUUUCAAUCAGUAGUUCUGGAGAAGUCGUUUACGAAACAUCACAAAAAUGGCUGCCUAUACAAUGUUGACCAUAUUUAUGGUUUUUUUCUUGGUUGAACUGUCGCUGGCCAAACCCUUAGAUGAUUCAUCCGAUCUGAAUCUAACACCAGCUCAAAAAAUUAUAUUCAACACACUCCAUACUUUCUAUUCCUUAGGCGAUAAUUACUACGCCAAUGCCUUCAAUGUCAGCCGUAAUAUACUCAAGGACGAGUCUUUGAUGGCCAACGAUAAACCCGAAGUUUUAGAGUUUAAAAAGAAUCUUACCAUGUUUGUGGAAAACUAUGACGUCCACAAAGACCGCGAGCAAUUGUUGCAUAAUAUUGAAAUAUAUUUAGACACCAUCAAAAAAUACACCGACAUACCUGAAGAAAAACUUAACGCAGAAUCAAAAUUUAUAGCGGAAAUUGUAAAAAAAUACAAUACAACAAAAAUGCAAGAAACAAUACAAUCGUUUAUGAAGAAUUUCGAUAAGCUAUUUGAAGAGAAUAAAGCUGAUUUGGAUAAGCCCAUGUUGGAGUGGUACGAAAAGUACAGCAGUUUAACUGAUUUUAAGCAAAAAAUGGUUGCCUUUCAUAAAUUUUUGAAUGUGUAGAGUGUUAAAUGUGUUUAAAUAUAAAUGUAUAGCUGAAAUAAAUAAAAAAAACCUAUUGAAAAAAUUAA